AUGCCAGGGCGCGGGGGCACGGUGGGGGUCAACAGGACAUAUUUCCCCUUCUUCUCAGACUUCAGGGGCCGCAACGCGACAGCAGCGCGUGCCGUUGAGUCUGUUGCCUUGGCCACUGUCUUCGUGCUGGCCUUGGCAGGAAACCUCUGGGGCAUCCGCCUGCUGGUGUGGCGGCGGCACAGGCUGCGCUCCGCCAACUGCCUCAUCCUCAACCUCUUCUGUGCCGACCUGCUCUUCAUUGCUGCCAUCCCCUUCGUUGCUGUUGUGCGCUGGACCGAGUCCUGGGUGCUGGGCGACGCCGUGUGCCAUCUGCUCUUCUAUGCCAUGAGCCUCAGCGGCACCGUCAUCAUCCUCUCGCUGUCAGCCGUCAGCCUGGAGCGUGUGCUGAGCAUCGCCCGGCUGCGCCGUGAUGUCCUCCGCCGCCGCAGGAUGCUGGCCUUCACCCUCCUCCUCCUCUGGGUCUUCGCUGCCCUCGCCACCCUUCCACUCUGCUGCUUCUUCACUGUGGUGCAGCUGCAAGGUGCCGACAGCCAGGAGAUUGAGAUUUGCACCUUGGUUUGGCCCAGCAUUGCAGGUGAAACAGUUUGGGAUGUGACCUUUGCCAUCGUUUUCUUUCUAGUACCAGGAUUAGUCAUUGUCAUAAGCUAUUCCAAAAUCUUACAGAUUACAAAAGCAUCAAGAAGGAGUUUAAAUGCUGGCUUAGCCUACUCAGGAAACAAUCAGAUCCGUGUUUCACAGCAAGACUACAAACUAUUCCGAUCCCUCUUUGUGUUGAUGAUCUCUUUCUUCAUCAUGUGGAGCCCAAUUAUAAUAAUUAUCCUUCUAAUUUUAUUCCAGAACAGCAAACACGAUUUAAAUAUUCUGCCAACAGUUUUCUUCUGGAUAGUGUUAUUCACUUUUACCAACUCUGCCAUCAAUCCGAUUUUGUAUAAUGUUGCCCAUUUCAGACGUAAAUGUCAGGAAAUUCUUCUCUGUUGUACAGGUAACCCUGUAAGGCAUCAGGCUGGUACAGAAACCACUGCAAGAAGAACUAACCACGAACAACCAAAAUUGUUUUUCAUUACCAGAUAAUUGUUUAAAGUUUGAGCUGUGCCACAUUUUGCGUGUUAGUCUGCACUAUCUCAGGUUGAAUAGGUCACUAUGUUAUAGUGUUAUAUGCCAGGGAAGGGGCCGGGGGGGGGGGGGGGGAGGAGAGGAAGCUAAAUCUUUGUUUUUAAUUCCUGCAAAUGAAAUUCUUUUGUCUUCGCUGCUUUUCCUCAGUAAGAAUUGGAGAAUUUAAUCCAAUGGAUUUAAUUCUCCACUUAUACUGAAAUAAAUAAGAAUAUGGCAGUGAACUUGAUGAAUGUAAAAUAGUUGAAAUCAGUACUUAGCAGAUAAAUUAAUUUCUACGAAGGUACAUUUUCAGUUAGCAUAAAUGUCACUAACUUUAAUGAAGUUAUAGAGAUACUAUAUUGAGAGGGUACCUGAUCCAUUUUUACUUUAUUUUCUACUGCGUAAGAGAGACCAAAUUUCUAGUGAAAAUGUACAUCCUCAGAAAUUAUCUGCUCUUUUUAAAAUCCUUUCUAAAAAGGAACUUGAUUGUACACGUAGAUAACUGACUGCUUGAAGACAGGUUUGGGCAGCCUAACCAACUUUGAGUAGGAAACAAGAUGAAAAACUUAUAUUUUUACCAAGUGAAUGACCAAUUUGGUUCCAUCUCAAAUAAAAAAAAUAUGCAUAUACUGCCUGUUACUUUAUAAAUAAAGAAUGAAUAAAUAAAGAAAUGUUUAUUUGUCAUGUGUAAAAUAGUUCUUCAAAAAAGAUGUGUUUUAAUGUUUUCAGCAGUCAUAUUAUAAUCACUGAUAUAUAGAGUCACUAAGAUUCCUUUCUCCUUUCUAAAAUGCUAUUUGGAAUGAUUUCCAUAUUUCCUAGAAAAAAGAUGGUAUUGUAUUUGAAAAGAAAGUAAAAGUUUUAGAAAGCAAAUACAUCUAUUUCAUUUUUUUUAAUUAAAACUCUGUUAGUCCAAAAUUGAAAACAUGGAAAAAUGAUUAAAUUCUUAAUUAUUGCCAUCUGUCACCAGUUCAACACAGUGCAUUAAGAUAAUGGUUUAGUAAUAAAAUAAAUGUCUACAUAUGUACAGAUAUGCAUACAAGCAAUUUGCAUCCCCUGUAAUCCAAGUUUAUUAAUAUGUUUCAUUGGUUUAUUAACAAGGUGAGCUACACAGCUCAGAUAAAUAUAUUCAAAAUCUAAAUGAAGCCACUGAAAUGGUUUUCAAGAGAACACCUGAUUAAUGUCUUGACUUUACACGCCUGGUGCUGUUACAUGGUUUCUUUCCAUAGUUUUGGA